GUAAUUCGGGCAUAGCUAGCAAGCGUAGGAGGACACUUUCACCGUACGCAUCCCCACACGCCGCUGCUUUUCAUGGAGUUAAGUCGAGAAGACGCAUAGUACAUAAAGGCAAGCCAGUGUCCAACAGAAAGACUUCGCUAACGUUCUCUUGAUAUGUCAAGCCUUGUAUGGUUGAUCACCGGCUGCUCGAGUGGCUUUGGUGAGCAGUUCGUUCGCAGCGCCAUUUCUCGAGGCGACAAAGUCAUUGCGACUGCACGUAAUCUCGACAAGAUAAGACACCUUGAAGUCGAUGGAGUCAUAAUUAUGCGGCUGGAUGUCACAGACGAGGUGCAAAGCAUCAACAGUGCCAUUGAGAAAGCAAUUUCGAUUCAUGGCCGAAUUGAUGUCCUCGUCAACAACGCAGCUUACGUUACAAUCGGAUUGGUCGAGGAUCUCAGGCAUGAGGAUUAUCUAGCGCAGUUCAACACAAACCUCUUUGGCACAAUAAAGGUAACGCAAGCCGUCUUGCCCCAUUUUCGCCAGCGCCGCUCCGGAACGCUUCUGUUCUUAAGUUCAUUGUCUGGGUGGAUCGGCCACCCGGGUUGUUCCGCCUACGCAGGUUCAAAAUUCGCGUUGGAAGGCUGGGCUGAGUCUCUGAGCGGUGAGGUCGCAAGCUUCGGUAUCAGAACACUGCUGGUCGAACCUGGCCGCUACCGAACCAAACUUUUGUCGAGCGGCAACAUGAAACCAACGACGAGCAACAUUCCAGACUACGCUGAGUACUCUAAGAACCUGGUCGCUGCCAUCUCUGGUGAAAGCGGAAAGCAGCCAGGUGAUCCAGUCAAGCUGGUCGAGACUGUAGUCGAUCUCGUUCGUGGAGAGGGUAUUGCUUGGGGGAAGCAAAUCCCUUUUAGGUUGCCAAUGGGAUUGGACUGUUAUGAUGAAAUUUUGAAUAAACUUGAAGAGACAAAGCGCAUGCUCCAAAUAUGGGGAGACGUCAUUAGAAGCACAAAUUUUGAUCAAGGAAAUGCAUAGAAAAUGGUCCCUUGUGCAGACAAAGGCUUUGGUUCAAGUACAUCCAACUCUUUAGGUUGCGUAGCAUAAUAUUGACCUCCGGCAAACGGCAGAAACGUAAAUCUCCAUAUAGUAAAUUACUGUUCCCUUUUCUGACCUUUUGGGGUACUC